CUCGGGGUCGGAGGGACGCGGCGGGACAGGAGCCUCCCCACCCGCGUGCGAUGCGAGAGGGCAGCAGGCGGCCCGCGGGGCGACUGGCUGCCGCAGCCCCCAGCGCGAGACUGGAGCUGGGGGCGAGCGGCCCCGCUUGGCACUGGAGACACUAAAGGUAAAUGUGCGGCCCCGCUUCGCUUCCCCCACAGGGCCGCUGCUCCGCGUGGCCAACUUCCCCCGGCUGGCGCUGAAGCUUCCCGCCGCCGCUCAGCCCGGGGAGCGAGGGGCUCCGAUGGGAGGCUCGCUGGGAAGCCCGGCCCGCCGCUGCCCGGGUGGCUACUUUCUCCUUCUGUUCCAGCGCAGGCGCUGCUGGGCUGCCAGGAAUCCCCCAGCAGAACAGCGCUGGGGUUGGAGGGGCAGGAAAGGAAACCGGCCGCUGCCCGGGCUCUGCCCCACCGGGGCUCAGCUCCUGGGAGCGGGAGACGCACGUGUCCACGGGGCCGCCCCGAAAGCGCCCUUUAAAGCAGCCGUCGUUGCAACUUCUCCGAGUGCAGCUUCUGCCAGGCUUGCUCGCAAUCCGGAGAAACCCAGCUCCGCCGGCCGGCGUGCGGCUUGAGCAAUGCUCGCUUAAAGUUCAGAAAGUUGGCGGCCAGAGCUAUGUGUCGCAAGGCGUGCGGGGAAAGUAGCGGGGGAAAGCGUCUAGCACCUGGGCUGAGACGUGAGUAAGAGGUGACUGGUCUCGUUGUUGCCCGAAGUGGGAUAAUCGCUUUCCCCUUGGCUGGUAAGGCAAAGGCUGAACUCCCACCCUGGGAGUUAUAUGUCAUGGGGAUCCCUGUAACUCGGCUUGCCAACCCUCCAGGAUUUUCCUGGAGGCUCCGGCAAUUCAAGAUUAGUUUUUAAGGAAGGAUUAUGUCUUAAAUCUCCAGGAAUUCGUCCAACUAAAGUUGGCAACCCUACGGUGUGACUCACUCCAGCAUAUCCCGCAGUACCACAAACAUCAGUUUCAAUAUAGAUAAAAUGAAGCGAUAGCUGGAAGUUGCCGCGUGUACGCAACCCGCGAUGCAGGCGGCUGCUGACAGUCUGGUUUUCAGGCGCUGGAUGCGGGGCAGUAACUCGCGCACACUUCUGAAUAGGACCAACGCUAACACGCUUGAGGGAGCAAAAGGCUGAGCUGGUUACCCGGGAUGCACUCUUUAAAAAUGAGGAUACUUUGCAUUCACUUUCCGCUUGAUGGUUUCCAACAGUCGGAUUCACUCACUGGGAUUUAGGCAGGAUUUCUGCCGCACGUAGCGCUUCAUGGACACAGGGCAGCAGAUUCCUCCUCCUCCAGUUGGUUUCUGCUGGCUAAUCUAGCCCAUUUAAUCUAGCGUUGUAGUGCAGGUUCGUUGUGUUAUGUCUAAUUGCGGGCCUGCGCCUGCCUUGCGUGAGUCGUCCCUGCUCACCUGACUUCAACAGGGCUCUGUCCUCAGGGUGGGAGUAAGCGCCCAAGGGUUGGCAGGGCCGGCCCUGCCUAGCAAAUAAUGCCGAGAGGCGGUGAAGCUGCAGAGAGCCAGGGCAGAGGGACGCUCCCGCACUUCGGAAGUCCCGCAAAGAGGCAGGCGUGAGGACUUGCGGGGUGGGUUGUGCGUGACUCUCCGCCUGAACUGAUCGGCGGGAGGGGGAAGAGGAGGGUACGCAGUGGGCUCUGCUCGCCUUCUCCCCUGGGGAAAGGCACAGCGGCGGCUGGCUCCGCUCUUCGUGGGUACCUGACACCGAAGGCAGAGUGGGAAGCCCCGGAGUUGAUCCGGCUGGAGGGAGGGUGGAGAGGAGGAGUGGGACGUUGGUCGAGCUCUUUGCGGAGCCGGCUGCAGGGAGGGAGGAGAAGGAGGGAGGGUCUGGAGGAGCGCGUAGAAACUUUUCACCUUCUGCAAACUUGUCGGUGUGCGCACAGCCCGAGCUGCUGCUCGCGUGAGAGGCAGAGGAAGGCGCCCGGCCGCAAUAUCGGUUCACGAGCCCAGGCAUUCAGCGCAGAUGCCUUUUGAUUGUACGACUGCUGAAAUGUAUUGAGUGCUCCAGCUACUUUUCCAACAAUGAACAGUUCAAAAUCACCUGUGCUGGAUGGAUUAGGAAACACAACCUGCAACUCACACAAAAAGAUUUCAGUAUUUUUUUCAAUAAUAUUCAUGACGGUGGGAAUUUUAUCCAACAGUCUUGCAAUAGCAAUUCUCAUGAAGGCAUAUCAGAGAUUUAGACAGAAAUCAAAAGCAUCCUUUUUGCUUUUUGCUAGUGGUUUGGUUGUCACAGAUCUUUUUGGCCAUCUCAUCAAUGGAACUAUUGCCGUAUUUGUGUAUGCCUCUGACAAAGACUGGAUUCGAUUUAAUCAAUCAAACAUUCUCUGCAGCGUUUUUGGCAUAUGUAUGGUAUUCUUUGGGCUGUGCCCUCUCUUUCUGGGCACUGUGAUGGCUGUUGAACGUUGCAUUGGAGUCACUAAACCAAUAUUUCAUUCUACAAAAAUGACUUCUAAACAUGUAAAAAUGAUUUUGACUACGGUAUGUCUCUUUGCUGUUUUUAUAGCUUUGCUGCCUAUUCUUAGCUUUAGAGCAUAUCAAAUUCAAGCAUCGAGGACCUGGUGCUUCUAUAAAACAGAACAUAUUGAGGACUGGGAAGACCGAUUUUAUCUAUUACUUUUUUCUUGUCUUGGGUUACUGGCCCUUGCUGUUUCAUUCUUGUGCAAUGCUGUCACAGGAAUUACUCUCUUAAGAGUCAAAUUUAAAAGUCAACAAAGACAAGGCCGAUCUCAUCAUUUUGAAAUGAUCAUUCAGCUAUUGGCUAUAAUGUGUGUCUCUUGCAUUUGCUGGAGUCCAUUUCUGGUGACAAUGGCCAAUAUCGGAAUAAAUGAAGAUCGUUCAAUGGAAACCUGUGAAACAAUACUUGUCGUUCUCCGAAUGGCAACGUGGAAUCAAAUAUUAGAUCCCUGGGUAUACAUUCUUCUAAGGAAAGCUGUGCUGAAAACCCUCUACAAGAUUGCCAGGAGAUGCUGUGGAAUUCACAUCAUGAACUUGCAUAUGUGGGAACUCAGCUCCAUCAAGAAUUCUUUAAAGGUUGCAGCAAUUUCAGAGUCACCAGUUAGUUCCAAACAAAUAAAUCAACAGCCACUCAGCUCAACAGGGCAAUAAAAUCAAACACGUGGUAUGAAGAAAUAAUGGGGGUGUAAUGAUCACGCACUGAGAAUACCUUCAAAUUUGUUAGUCUUUGAUGUAAUAUGAGGGUAAGUGGUUUGGUACUUUGUUUCAGAUUGUGUGUGGUUUGGUCUUAUUGUUUACCAGUUUGAUAUUGCUAUUCCAAGAUGUGCACUUGAGUAACUGUGGUCACUCUAAAAACACUUUUGGGUGAAAGUGUCUUUCAGAAAUGGGGUGUAAUCAGACAAGAUGGAUAUCAGAGCAGAGUUAGUUCCACAUCGCCAUGCCUGCAGCAUCAAAAACACACUCAUCCCCUGACUACAGAGCACAAUGGCAGAAACUGUUAAGCUGGGUAUCGUGAAGACAGAUGGUCACCAGCACUAGGCUCAAGGAGCACGUGAGGAGAGGGUGGAGGGAAGAACUUGUUGGUUAGUAACAGAGAAGGUAAACUUUUGUGUUAUAGUGGUACCUCAGUAGUUAAGUGUCUUCAUAGCUUUUUAAGGUCAGAAGGGAUAACUAUGAUCGUCUAGUCUGACCUCGUCCAUAACAUAGGACUUCUCUAAAUUAAUUUCUACUUCAAAUCCAAUAGUUAUGGUUAAAUGAGAACAUACCUUUUUUUAAAAAAAAAAAAUAAAAAAUCCAAUCUUGAUUUAAAAAUGUGCCGUAAUAGAGAAUCCACCGCAACUCUUGAUAAGUUAUUCUGAUGGCUAAUUACCAUUCAGAUGUAAUUUCUAGUCUAAAUUUGUUCUAGUUUUAACUUUCAGACAUUGGAUCUUAUACUUUUGUCUGACAGAUUGAAGAGCCCUCUGUAUCAAAUUUCUGCUUCUCAUGUAGGUACUUAUAGACUGUGAUCAAGUUACCCCAUCCCUUCUCCUUGAGUCAUUUACUAUAAGGCAUGUUUUCCAAUCCUUUAAUCAUCCUUGUGGCUUUUCUUUGAACUCUCUCCAAUAUUUCAACAGCGGUCUUAAAAUGUGUACACCAAACUGGAUACAGUAUUCCAGUAGCAGUUGCACCAGUGCCAAAUACAGAGGUAAUAUAACCUCUGUACUUAAUAUUCCUCUGCUUAUACUUUUGAGGAUCUCAUUGGCACUUGUGGCCACAGUGUUGCCCAGGGAUGUACUGUAUGACUUUACACUUUGCCAUGUUAAAAUGCCUGUUUGCUUUUACUAGUUUAUCAAGUGAUUCAGAUCACUCUGUAUCCGUGACCUGUCGUCUGCGUUAUUUACCACGCUCCCAAUCUUUGUGUCAUUUUCAAAUUUGAUCAGUAAUGAUUUUGUUUUCUUCCAGGUCGCUGAUAAAAAUGUUUAACUAGCAUAGGGUCAAGAAUGGAUCCCGGAAAGACCCCUCUAGAAACACACUCCCUCAAUGGUUCUUUCCUGUUUACAAUUACAUUUUCAGAUCUGUCAGGCAGUUUUAAACUCAUGUAGCAUGUAGGUUUAUAACUAGUCUGUUUAUACCACAUUCAAACUCAGCAUGUAGUUUCGCAAGACAGAUGGAAAAUUAUGGGCCCAAUCCUGUAACACUUACUCGUAUGAGUAUUCCCACUGAAGUCUGAAGCAAACAAAUUUAGAUCUAAACCCAUGUGAGCCUACAUAAAGAAUAAAGUUGAUCAAAAAACUGUAACACAUUUCUUAAAAGGUGUCACAGAUGCAUCUGCAAAAAUACAUUAUACAGUACACCUGUUUUGUCUGCAGAGGCCCGUAUUGGUGCAUGCAAACAAGAAUUUGCAUGAACAUAAUGGGCACCUAUGUGAGCAAAUGUAGGGUGUGGUUUGUGGAGCAAGGAGUACUCUCAAUUUUUGCACGGUAUCUGUGCCUUCCUUUCCAAACUUAGAAUCCAAGGCUGAAGUGCUGAAUGCCUACAGUGGAAGUUGAGUACCUUGGUACCUAUGUGGAGGCUCCCAGCACCUUGCAAAAGAGCCCUUCACAAUUAAUUUUACCAUCCCAUUUUUAUAUAUAGCCUGUAUGCUUAUUGUUGUUCACUCCUUUGAUAUCAAAGUACAGUGUAACUUUGAGUUCCAACUGUCUGAAUGUCAUUUGUUCAAUAUUAUGAAAAUAAAAAGUACAGUAAUCUACAUUCCUAUGUCAUUUAAGUAAUGCUACUAGUUGCAAAUUAUUACGUGCCAAGUAUCAGUUGAGUAUUUUGGAAGUCAUUAUACUAACACUAGUUACAGACAUUCAUUUUAUACUCUUAGGGGUAUUUUGCUCCCCCCAUUGAAGUCAGUGGCAAAACUCCCCUUGACUUCAGUGAGAAUAGGAUCAGGCCUGUGGAGACUGUUGGAAUUCACACAGGAUUGUGUGGUCAACAUGUGACGUUAUUAUAUAAUAGGCAGGCUUUCUUGAAGAGCAAGAGAUUGAUACGAAUGAUAGCAUUGCUAUGCAGUAUCUACUGAAUAUGAUCCAAAGGAGGAGAAUCUACAGCUGCAGUCCCAGUGUUAUCCUAAGUUGGAUGAAACACAUUGUAAGAAGAAAAGGAGGACUUAAGUGUAAGAACUCUGCCAGGUGAUUGAAAGGUGUAUCCUUUCUCACAUUUUUCAGCAAAAGACAUGCGACUGUCUUGGAUACAGAGAGGAUUACUAACUAAUGCACAUAAUCCAUCAAAGACAAAAAAGCACUUAAUAAGCACUUAUUAGUCUUAUUGUAACAUAAUUGAUCAUGCUUACUCUUCUCUUGUUUUUAGAAGGAAAUGAAUAAGGGAGAAGAAGCUCUGAUUUUGUGACUGUACUGUGUUAAUACCAAAAUGGUGGUAGAGUAGAGUUUAUAAGCAGGAAAGAGUUGCUUCUGGAUGGAAAACUAUAGUGUUCACUUCACCUACUUCACUUCAUAUAACUGUUCCACUUUGGCAAAUUGUUUGUCCAGAAUCAGUGCUGACACCCUCCCCAUGUGGUUGCAUUGAAAUGAAUGUAGUAUGAUUUAGUGCUGAAUGUAGCCUCCUUACCGUACACAACCUGUUGUAAAUGUGUCUAAUAACAUAAAUAAGUUGCUCAUCCUUUUGGAGUGAGAAUUUUGCUUCAUCGGCUGCAGAAUAAUGUUAGACUGAGAUACUUGACAAGUGAAUGAAGCAUAUCUGCGUUCCAUUGUGUUGUGAAUAAAUGUAUCUUGUGUACUUUCAUACUGUCUGAAUUGUAAAAAGGUUUAACUUUAUAUGUAUAUGUGUUUUCAUAUAUUCGGUGUAUUGAUAUCUAUUGAAUGUAAAUUGUAGAGCCUCAUUAAAUUUAUUAAAACAAUA